UUCUAAACGUAAUAAUAAUCUGUGGCGUCAGUUUUCGGACUCGAAAUGUAGUGUCAGACGUGUCCAUAAACCAAAAUAAAUACAAAUCCUUUUUUCGUUAUUUGUAAUGGCCGCAGCAGUUUGAAAAUUGCUUUUAAUACAUCUUUCGAUUAUGUUGAUUUCCUGUUAUAUUUUAUUAGACCUAAAUUUCCGAUAUAAACAUGGAGGAGGAGCUUAGCGAAAAUGAAUUGGAGGAACGGAUGUAUGCUAUGAUACAUUAUGUCGACGAAACUCAGGCAAACGUAAGCAGCAAUCAAAAAGAAAUUGAUGUUCUCCAAAAUGCACCUCGCAGUACCGUACGACGGUACUGGCGUACUAGUGGUGACCAAAACUCCAUCUACCAGAAGAUAAAUAUCCCGAAAGAGCCCGUCAACAACAAAGAUGUGAUUGAAAACAAUCAGUCGAAGGCAAAAGAUGAGAAAAAGAGCCCGACAAAUUCUACUGUCGAUUUGUCAUUUUUUCAACAACCAGUUUCUCAUAACGUUAAGAAAACCAUAGAAAUACUCGAGAAUGACGACGUAAACCGCGUUGUGGAGCUAGAAACAAGCGAUGAAGAUGAAGUCGUUGAAAUUGCCUUGCCUCCAAAACCAACUAUUACAAUUGAUAGUUCGGAUGAUGAUGAUGUUUGUGCUGUGUCCACAGACAAUUCUAAUAAAAAGAAUGAAACUAAACCUGUACAAGACAAACCUGGUGACAGAGAUGUAUCAUCCAGUCCUGUCCCGUCUGUGGUUUCAUCAGUUUCUGAUGAAUUUAUCAGAGGUGAUUGUAUAGCACUAAAUAUUUCUUCUAAACAUCCUAACAAUCAAAGUUUCGAUUUCAGUCUUCAUGGCUCCGAUCUCUUAGAUCAAACACCUUCAAAGAAAAAAAAGAAAAAGAAGAGCAAAGAGGCUACGUCUACCCCAUUGUCAACUCCCACACUUAACAAAUCUACUGUUAAUUCAGUGGAAGAAUGUUUCGCAACACCAAAAAGCAAAGCCAAAAAUAAGAGGCAAAGAACUAAAUCCUACCGAGUUUCUGAGAAAAGUGUUCCAAGUGCUGACGUCUAUGAUUCAGACAGCAAUCACUCAAUAGUCGAAAACAAUAAAACUCAGAGUCCCUAUACAGUUACAGCUAAGUGUUUGCCAAGUACUGAUGUUUAUGAAUCAGACUCAAACCAGUCUGACAAAAAUCGGACGCAAUCUGUGAAUCCAUCAUCAAAAAAUGUCGAAAACUCGGAUACCAGCAUACCAGAUAUUGCUCUUACUGAAACAUUAAAAUCUCAUAAAAAGAGUACUUAUGAAGCUUUAAACAAAAAUGUUAUCGUUGAUCUUACGGAACCAGACAAUAUCACCAUAGAUGAAAACAUAGUUAUGGCAAAUGUAUCUGGGUUUACCGAAGUAGAACACUAUAGUGAAGAAAACGUAAUCCCUCAAAGUGAUGUAUCAAAGUGUGGAUCAACUAAAAUACCAGCCAUAUUGAAUGCUGAUCUUGACUUUGAUAACUUGAAAGGUAAUAAGACUUGCAAACGUCGACGGUACUCUCUCACUACUCUCAGGGCAGAAAUGGAAAAGUUUUAUAAUGAAAGCUGGGGAGGAGAAGAGUUCAAUCAUCGGGAAAUACAAAAGAAUAUGUCCAGAGACAAAAGUUUAUGGGUUAUUGACCCUAAAGAUAGAAUGCCAUCAUCAUCGAAACGCAAAGUCACAUGCAAUUAUUGUAAUCGUGUUGGUCACCGUGAUGACACAUGUCGCAUGAAGCCACCGAUUUGUUACAUGUGUGGCUCGACAGGCCACUAUGAGCCUCGCUGUCCCAAAAAAAUAUGUGUCAAUUGUGGAUCUCCAAACCAUAUGUAUUCCACAAUGUGUGCUAAUUGCUCAAAUUGGGGUUACAUUAAAUGUGCUGAAUGUGGACAAAACGGUCAUCCAGCUAGCCACUGUCCUGAUAUAUGGCGUCGAUACCAUAAUACCAUCACUUUGGAUACGCCACUAGAGGAGAACCGGCAAUUUAAAAAGCAUUACCAAUUGUUCUGUAGUGGCUGCACGCGUCGGGGUCAUUUAAUUCAUACAUGUCGCCUUACUCUGCCUUUCUCGGGACUGCCUAUUAAUUCUCCAUAUGUCGCACUGUAUAAACCUGUUUACUCACAUAUACGAGAUAAUCAGUAUUUAGAUUCUAAUGACCAACAAAACAGCAAACGUAAAAAUAGACAAGAUUCCACAUCUUCAACCAACCAUACAUCUCGUAAUGAGCAACUUAAACGGCAGUCAAAGUCACCAAUUACUCAUGACCAUCAGAAUAAAAAGAAGAAUCUCGGUAUACUCGGUAUACCUAAUGAUAAUGAAUCACCCCAAAGGACGAAAAGUCCAUCAAGCAAUCAUUUGCAAAGAAAAAAUUCUCAGAGUAAAGAUCAACCACCCACGACCAACAAUGAACCUGAACCAGCUAAAAAUCCUAAGAAAUCUUCAGAAAAUAUAACUACAGAAAAAGCUCUCGAUUUCAUACCCAUUUCGUCUGAUAAUUGUGACAAACAAGGACAAAUCAUUCAAGACAAUGAAGUAUCAGACACAAGUGAAGUUAUUACCUCAGCUAGAGUUUACGUAACAAAAGAAAUUGUGGACAAACUUAAGAUGGAGGAUGGUAGGAUGUGGUUGAAUGAAACUCUUAAGAAAAACAAAGUGACUCUAGAAAAUGAUAACAUUAUAUUCUUUUUGAGCAUUAAGGGAAGUAUCGGUAACCAGGAGGCUUUUCAAUCUGAACUCCGAGACUGGAUCAAUUUAAAACACCCGAGACAAGAACGUCUCGUAUCCGAAAGCGACGCCGAUGUCACACUGGAUUUGAUAAAUUAUCAAAGUGCUUUAAGCAAUAUACCCAAGAAUAGAAACAAUGUUUUGCGAAAGCUGAGCAAAGCUUUUGAUUCUUUAAAAAAAGACUUAGGUGAUCCUAAGGCUAUGUAUAAAGAGUUGAGGUAUCUCCAAAAUCGUCAUCAACAGUUAUUGAAUCAAAAAGUUGUCAGUCCGAAGCAGCUUUCAAAUAAUAAGGACAAUAUUAAUGGUAUGCUGCGAAAACUAAAUAUGGUAUUAUUAGGUCAAGCUGGCCUAGCAGAUGGAUCGAAACAUAUGAGUGAAUUGUAUUCAUUGCAAGAGAAGUUGACCAAUUUUAGACAGAAAAACAUACCAACUACUCUGCGCAAAGAGAUUGGAGAACACUACCAUUGUAUAUUUGCUGCUAUACCUAGAGACGAUUACACGGAUCUCCUAGGUAAAUAUUACAACAGCAAUCAGAGACCAGUGUUAAAGAAAAAAAAUUAUGAGUACAAGUCUUUUAAAGCGAGUCCUAAACUAAAUAAGAAAAAGUCUUUAAAUGCAAUCCAAUAUCAAAAGAAUGUUAAUACUGGAAUGCAGUAUGAAAACUAUGAGAAUAAUUCGUAUAUCCCUCAAAGACAUGCGGCACAGAUUACUAGGAAUAAGCUUAUUUUCUAUCAUCAGAGAUUGUUAAAUUCUCAGACUAAUGACAUUGUUCUGAGAAAGACGAGAAGUGAACUUAUGAAACAAAUUCAUAUGAGUAUUGGCCUGAUAAGCAAAAAUAAUCAGAUGUCUUCAAAGGAUUUGAAGAAAAUAAGAAAAAUUCAAGAACAAGCACAGUUGUUCUUGACUAAUGUUUAGAAUACGGAUAGUUACGUGGGUUGAUGUGACCCUUUACGGCGAAGUAAGAUCGCCGAUUAAGAAAUUGGAGAAUUCGCUAACAUAUUGCAAAUAUCCUUGAUGGAUUUUAUUUAUGUAAUGGCGGUUUUUCGUAUCAGAUGUAAGCGCACUAUAUAGUGCUUGUGAAAAUAAACUUCUUAGUGUAAAGCA